AUGGGAUCUGUUUGUAUAAAUUAAUCAUCUAGUUAUAAUAAGGAUCAAUAUUACCCAAUAAUCAAAAAGCAACUAAAUAUAUCACCUAAUAGAUAAUGUUUUUUAGAAAAACCAUUAAUUCAUUCUGAAUUACUUGAAGAUACUCAAGAUCUAACUUAACUGGAAAAUAUUCUUGAAGAUGUUGAUGUAAAUAAUAAGAUUUAUGAUGAUAAAAUAAGAAAUGAACAAAUAACAGUUAAAUAAGAAAAAUUAGAGCAAGUAAAAAUAAUAGAAGUUGUGGAAAUUGUUACUUAAAAUAUUAAUAGAGUUUUAACAUAAACGAGAAUAAAAAUAGAUUUAAAAGAAGAAAAUACAGUGAUAUAAAGAAUACAAUAAGGAGGUUAAGAUAAUUAGACAAUAAAGAGUAUUUUAAAAACUACACAUAAAACUAAAUCAUCUAAAUCAGUGAAUAUUAUAAAUUAAAAAAGCCCAGAGAAGAAAGUUUCUUUUGGAUAUCAAAUACAAAAACAAAAACCAUAUAAAUUUUAUAAGUGA